UCUCGGGAGCCGGUCGGGGAAUUUACCUGGGGGCUGCCUGAGCGAGGUCUGCGGCGGGCGACGUGGUCGACGCUGCGCGGGGGUCCCUUCUUGAGGGCUAGUGACCCACCCCCCCCUGCGGAAAUAGUUUCCCUGACUCACGUCCGCAGACCCCACCCAAGACUUUAAUCAGAAUCUGCUGAAGGCCGCAACCGGCCUUGAGUUCUCAGCCCGGCCCACGGCUCCCCGGGGCCAGGGGGCGCCGCUUGACGCGGCCAGAAGCGGCCCCGGGAGCGCCCCAGCCUUUUGGAAAACCCCUUUCUGCCGCUCCCAGUGACGGACGAAAAGCUCCCUUGGAAUUUUGACUCACCAAGUUGACCUUGAGCUCAGGGCGACGCCUGACUUGCAGUUCCUGGCUGCACUUGACUGUUCAGGAGCUUUUGUGAGACUUGCCCUACACGGAAGCCCCGUCCAUGUUCCACUCCGUGUGUAUCCCAAGGCCUCUCUCCAACGCCAGGACACACACAUUGCUUUUCAGUCAGUCACACCCUAAUGACUCCGUGAAUCUCGCGGGCUUCUAAAGAAGCACCAUGGCCUGUGCUGCUGUCCUGAUUCCUGGCUUGUUGCGAGGCUCUUCUGGAACCGUCUGUUUUCAGGCUGCUCCGCUGGGACUGACACCCCGUGUUCUGCGCUGCCUUUCUCUGUCCUGCGUAAUGAGAUCCCAAAGGAAAAGCGACCACUUGGAGAGAACUGCCAAUGUCGUCCGACAGGAGGUGGUGUCAGCGGCCAAAGUGUGUGCGGUUGCCAAUGAGUCCCCAUCGGUGAAGAGGCUCCGUCUACUUGUUGCAGACAAGGAGUUUUCCUUUAAGGCUGGCCAGUGGGUUGAUUUCUUUAUCCCAGGGGUGUCUGUGGUUGGUGGUUUCUCAAUCUGCUCCAGCCCCAAACUGUUAGAGCAAGAGAGGAUGAUAGAAUUGGCAGUGAAAUAUGCGAACCACCCGCCUUCCCUCUGGAUUCACAAUCAGUGCACCCUGGACUCCGAAGUGGCCCUGAGAGUGGGCGGAGAGUUCUACUUUGACCCUCAACCUACAGAUGCCUCGAGAAACCUUGUGCUGAUUGCGGGGGGAGUCGGCAUUAACCCUCUGCUCUCCAUCCUGCGGCACGCGGCCGACCUCCACAGAGAACACGCAAACAAAGGAAGCGGCUACGAGACGGGGCGGAUCAGACUCUUGUACAGCGCGAAGAAUACCAGCGAGCUUCUGUUUAAGCAAAAUAUCCUCGAUUUAGUAAAUGAAUUUCCUGAGAAGAUUGCAUGCAGUUUGCAUGUUACCAAGCAGACUACACAAAUCAGCUCAGACCUCAAGCUGUACAUCACGGAAGGAAGAAUAACUGAGAAGCAGCUAAGGGAUCAUAUUUCCAAAGAAACGUUGUUCUAUAUCUGUGGCCCACCUCUAAUGACAGACUUUUUCUCCAAGCAACUGGAAGCCAGCCAGGUUCCCAGAGAACACAUCUGCUUUGAGAAGUGGUGGUAGGAGGCAGGCAGAGGGAGGGAGAGAAGCCAGCAAUGGGCGGCCAGUCAGGAAACGGCGAGGCUGUGUCAACUAUGGCAGGAAGAAGCUACCCAGAUUUGGUCGCAUUUUUGAAGGCUGAAAAUUCCAUGACCAGCCUGGUGAGCAUGGAAAAGUCAGUGAACAGACUUUGGCAAUUCACUUUUUUUGUUUUUUUUUUGACAAAGGCUUCAUUGAGUGAGCUGCUCUUGACCAAGAUUGGCUUUCUUUUAUAAAUGACUGUUUGAUGAUGUCACAAUGUACCUUAAAUUAAUUGGCCAAUAAAGACUUUCUUUCUCCUUAGGUGGGGGAAGACAUCUCCUUACAUCGAACCAUCUGAGAAUAUGGUUUUGUGUGUGGCUGUCUGUGAAUUAACAGCAGCACAUAUCUCUUAUACUCAGUAAACAUAACUUAAACACA